UUCGCUUCAAAUCACCACAGUAUUCAUCUAUCUCUCAACUUGAAAGCACCUAUUUUUAAACUCGUACUUUACAAUGCGUACAUUACUAAUAUUUACAUUUUUAUUCACUUACGGAGUGAAUUCAACAACCGCAUCAACGCAAAAUGUAAAAAUAGACAAUUCCAUUGUCAUCGGUUAUAAACACAGUGAUAAUAUAAUCGCAUACACGGGCAUUCCGUAUGCACAAGCACCGAUUAACAAUUUGCGCUUUGAACCGCCACAAAAACCGCAGUAUAAUGAUGUUAUCAAUGAUAAAUCAAAGGAAAAUGUUAUGUGUGCGCAAGUCAGUGUCUUCAAUGGUCCUCCUGAAAUCUCCGGAGAUGAAGAUUGUCUUUAUUUAAAUGUCUAUGUACCUAAAACGGUAAAAAAUGAUGAUUUGACCAAGUUACCAGUGAUGAUAUACAUUCAUGGCGGAGGUUUUGCCUGGGGAACUGGUAUCAUGUUCAAACCGGAUUAUCUCUUGAGAAAUGAUAAUGUUAUUCUUGUAACGUUGAAUUAUCGACUUGGACCACUUGGUUUCCUUGCGGCUGGAAGUGAAGGACAUGAAAUAUACGCUAAUAAUGGUAUGAAAGAUCAAGCAAUGGCGAUUCAAUGGGUUUAUGAUAAUAUUCAGCAUUUUGGAGGUGAUAACACAAAGAUAACACUGUUUGGUAACAGUGCUGGUGCUGCAAGCACACAUUUGCAUUUAUUUUCACCUAAAACUAAAGGGUUAUUCCACGCUGCUAUCUUGGAGAGUGGCGCUGCAGUCUGUCACUGGGCAGUGCACACAUUCAAAAACAUGGUUAAUUUAUCCACACAAUUAUCUAGACUUGCAAAUUGUCCUGUUUUUCCCACAGAAGACAUGAUUAAAUGUUUAAAAGAUAAAUCUUUGGAUGAAAUAUUGUUUUCAGCAAAAUUUAUAGUUUUUGAUGUAGAUCCAAUGGUUUUGUUUACUCCAGCUGUUGAACCAGCGCAUAAAGAUGCGUUUUUGAUUGAUUUUCCUGAAAAUUUACUAAAAAAUGGCGAUUUUUAUGAUGUGCCGAUAAUGCAGGGCACUACUACUGAUGAAGGCGCCAUUAGAACUUCACUUUUUGCAAAACACCCGGAAACUAUUGAAAAAUGCGAUAAAUAUUUCCAUGAAUUAUACAGACCGACAAACAAUAAACAUCAUUACACUAUGGAACAAAUAACAGCUGUAAAAAAUCAUUACUUUGGUAAUGGAAUGGAUUUGAAGUCAUUAACAGCUUAUUGGUCAGAUGAAUAUUUCCGUUGUACAGAUGACACUGUAUCUCUGCAUCAUAAACAUUCAAAAUCAUCCAUUUACUCUUUCUUCUUUAAUUAUAAAGGAGCUCUAACAUUUUCGAAAUAUUUCGCUGGUGAUGAAAACGUUGAUUUAGGAAUAUGUCACAUGGAUGAAUUAUUCUACCUGUUUCCAUUGGAAUAUGUGCUGUAUAACUUUCCGAAUGCUGAUAAAGCAUUCACGGACACCGAUAAAAAGAUGAGUUUGUUUAUGACUAAGUUGUGGACACACUUCGCUCGACACAAGAACUUUGAUGAUUUCAUCAACAACGAUGGAAUCAAACUGGACUGGAAGCCAGUACACAGCACACACAAUGAAUAUUUAAUAAUUGAUAAAGAUUUCACGUUUAAAAUGGGAAAAGAUUUGUUUUACGAAGCAAAUCAAUUCUGGAAUGAAUUAGAAAACAAAAACAACAAUAAUUAUAUCACUAACAAUAAAGAUGAACUUUAAAUAUAAUAAAACACAUUAUUAUUAAUGUAGAAUAUCAUUUGACACUAUAAUAUCUGUCACAGUGUCAUUUUCUAUUAAUUUUUAACCAUUUUAAACGAAAAUAAACAAAAAUGUUGAAGCAAAGAAA